UUACCAAACGUAUAGUAUUUAAAUCUUAUGAUCUAUCAAAGUACAUUUGUUCCAGUGAUUGUAUUUCUAUUUAUAUAUAUUACAUUUACAUAUUGUACUUGCAGUCAUAACACAUACCUGUACGAACAUACGUGCAUUCAAUCAUGAAACAUUCAAUCUUAAAACAUUAGAAAAGCAUAUAGAAUAAAUGAAUAAUUCAAUAUAAAUUCCUUUUAUUCUAACAUCAUACAAAACAAAUUGAAACUAUUUAAAUAGGUCACCUUUGAAUUGUUGUUGAAACAUUGAUCUAUCAUUCAUUAAAGUUCAUUCCAAUAGUAAUGUUGCUCACACUAGUGUAGAUUAUUAUAUAUUCUUGAUACAUAAUGUUUGUCAGAAUAUAUAACAGUUGUUUACUAUUAUAUAUUGCGAGAUGUGAAAGGGGCUUUUUGUAAGGUACAAGUAUGAAUCGGGCGUCGGUGCGCGCAUCGGCAGCACCGAGUCCUCGAAAUCCGGGGGAGUAGCGCCGCUCGCGGGAAUAGCCCACCAGCGGAGCGGUACUCGCUCUGCCCGUUUCGUGCACCAACGAAAUAUCUUCGACUAGACUGAACUCUUCUUCGGGCACCGAAUCUAAACAAUCUCCACUGGCAUGGAGCUAGGAGCACAUUGAUAGUGAUAGUCUACAAGGUACAUUGUUUUCAAACAUUAGAUCUUGGUUUCUAUGCAUUGCCUGCCAAAGAAGAACUGAGCCCUAUGUUUCCACACAAUUCUAGUUCACAUGAGAUUUCUACAGAAACAAAUGCCUUCGUACAAAAUUCCAUGGGGGAUGUAGUAGUAUUAGGGAAAAACAGUCCGAUAGGGAUGGGGGAGGGAAGAGAAUCAGAGAAUGCUAGAUACUGUGAUAUUGAAUUCAUAAACAACAGCAUGAUGGCAAAACCUACUAGCCAUCUCGAAAAUAUCGUCGCCACUGACUUUUUAACCGUCCUGUCGAGCCAAACUGGCAAGUUUAUCUUGACUAGUCGAAGCUUGAUCUGCCAGUCAGUGGCGUCGUCAACCACAAAACACCCAACAAAAAAUCAUCUUCUAACUUACGAUAAUAAUAAUAUUAUUAUUAAUAUUAAUAAUAAUAAUAAUAACAAUGGUAGUAGUGGUAAUAAUAAUAAUAAUAAUGAUAAUGAUAAUCCUAAACUAAAUGAUCGCUCAAAUCGAGCGGAACAUAAUCAUCAAGACGAUCGAAAACCAACAGUUCAUAAAACAACAACAACAACAACAACAACAACAACAAAAAGAAAACAUCCGGGCAUGUCCGGUAACAAGAAACCGGUCAGCUCCGCCAAUAACUCUAAGUCUAUGUCUAAGACAUUAAGUGAUAAUAAGACUAGCUUUAGCGUACUAAAUAUUAGGGUACUAAGUAUAAGCGUAAAUCUACGAUUAACAGGAGAUAAGUGUGCAGUCGGUGAAGGGGUACCUAGCCUAGUUAGGAUACCCAAGUCUGAUCGCCCCUCAUCAGGCCACUUCUCUCUCGACUCUCUUGACAAUUACUCCUUACUAGGGUCCUGCCUCCAUUCGGGCAAAUACAAUAACGUUAAGUCUAAUUUUAGCCUCCUAAGUAAUAAUAACGAUAACUACAAGUCUGUGAUAUUGCUCAGCUCAACCAGUAACCAUUAUUUCCUCCGCGUCGAAAUGGACGGUGGUGCGAAUGCAAUGAAAUUAAGAACCCAUUUGGAUUUAUUCAGAUAUUUCGUGAAAUCUUUUUUCGACGGUUUAUCCUUACAAAAACAAUAUAAUUUCAUACUGUUGCCGGAACAGGAUGACGAUGAAUAUAACUUCUUAAUAAAUGACCAAAUGAUCAAAAGCAAGCAUCGUUGGAUUAUUAACGUUCAAUCGAUUAACGGAUCGAGCAAAUUUUCUUUAACAUAUUUAGAAUUAUUCUCGAGUAAAAUUCUUAUGGAGAUUAUACGUUGCGUGAAAAAUGAUGCAUUUUCAUGUCAUAAUCAAGACUCAAACGAACUUUGUUUGUCACGCUUAUGUACCUUUGUUAAGUAUCUUUAUCCGAUCGGUGUUGAUUCAAAGAUUGAAAUAUUUUUAUCAACAUAUCUAUAUUCGAAAAUGGAAUCUCUUCGCUUAGUUUAUUCAGAUAACUUAAAAACACUGUCAGAGAUUAAUUCUGUCUUCGUAGAAAUUUUGUUGCCAGCCGUUGCUUGUUCGGAAAGCAACAACCACCCAAUGAUGAAAUCUUGUUUAAUCAGAGAAGAUGAAACGUUGACAAAUGUUGUGAUCGUCGUUUCGGUGAAGUAUAGAAUAUCAAAAGCGCCUUUAAAUUUCAUAAUACCGAGGAAUAAUGUUUAUGUAAGGGAUACGUCGUCGAACGAAGAAUCACGUCUGAUUAAAGAAGGGGAAAGCGUGGCCACCAGUUCUUCCAUUACGCUUAUCGUUCCCGGAAACGAGCUAACCGACCAGCCUCCGCGACCUUUCCCAUUGAGAAACGCGCCCAACAGCGCACAAUCCUCUCCUUCGUGGCUCGAUCUGGUCGCGAGCGAGCUGACGCAACGCGCAUGUGUUCCACUCUCGUUAGGAUGUAAGCUUUAUGUGGUUAAAUUUAGCUAUAAGGUGAUUUGCGAUUUUAGUAUUACGUGGAAGGGGAUACCGAGCCACGAGACUAGUUACAAAAGGACACAUCUCGAUGUUCAAUUCUUGAGUAUUUCUGUUCAAAUAAACGAGACAACAUUCACCUAUAAGAUACCAAAUUUUCUAAGAAGAACAAUAACGUGUCUCUUGAACGAUGAUCCCCUUGAACAAGGGAUUAGUCAUGAUAUCUUUCUUUCAUUAAUUAGAAAAUUAACAGCAACAACGAUGAAUUGUGAGAACAUGAAUUCAAUGAAAGACGAACAAUUAAAUGUCCUAUUAUUUAAUGCGAUUAGAAAUCUAGUAGACUGUAGGAUGUCAAUCGUGGGUAUGGAAAAUUGCAAAAUUUGCUGGUCACUCAUCAUCAUAACGUUAAGAAAAUUAUUGAACGAUGAAAUUUUUACCUCAAUAAGAAUUCUUACACGAAACUACGUGUUCCUAUUAAAGAUCUUUAGAAGAAUGUAUUAUUCGAAUGUGACAUUGAUGAAUGAACAACAAGAACAAGAACAACAACAAUAUCCAAACGACGGUUGUUUGUUAACAAGAACCUCAGAUACGUUAAUUUUCAAGUUAAAGAAAAAGACAAUGGAGAUGUUGUCCUCGGAUAUUAAUGGUAUUAAUCGCGUGGCAACAAUUACUGUUGGUGCUCUUUCAUUUCAGGAUAAUGUUAAGUCUAACGAGCCUUCGGCCACUUAUCUCGCGAGCUAUAAGUACUCGGGGUCACAUGCGUCUUAUUCUAUUAGUUCAUUGCGCUCUAAUUUAUUUAAACGAAUAAAGCUAAGGUGUCAAGCUUUCGCUGACGUGAUGAAUGAUAAAAUUUCCCGUGAGGAUCUCUGUGAUUUGUAUCGAUUUAAAAGAAGGUUAUACAAAGUACACGAAGUUAUCGGAUAUAAUGUUGAGAACGUUUUUACAAAAAGUCUGAUCAAUUGUAAACAAGUUGCUCUCAUCGGCACGACGACGACGACGACGAUGCCUCAGACUGCCCGAUUUGUCGACGACAGUUAUGGUUGUAAUAAGAAUACUAGCCCGGAUUUCAAGAACAAGAACGACACUGUUCGCCUUCGCGACCGCAGUCAAUACGAAAUGUCGGAAACAGUUGUACGUUCAGAAGAUGAUACGACUUCCGAAGAAAAGACGAACGAUAAGAAUCCAAUUCCUCUUCGAUUGGAAAGUAACGAAACGAUUGUAAACGGCUCAAAGCGAAUUCAACUGAUUGCUUACGCAAGGAAUCUCAUAGCAGCAUACCUGGGAGUUUCCGAUGGCACUUUACAAGCUCAGAAAAAUGAUCUUAAGCAGACGUUGAAGCUUCUUUUCGGAUCGGUCUACGACAUGGAUCAGCCCAAUUUAGAGUAUAAGAAAAGAUGGGGCAUUCCUGGGAUUCUCAGAUUAGCCGGUGGAGGUGAAACUUCAUUGAACAGCGCUGGAGCUACCAACUGGGGCUCUACGCAGACCAGUACUACAAAUAACAACAAUAAUAAUCAAUCCGGAUGGGGUGGUAGUUCGGGAAAUCCUUCUGGAAACAGUGGGGCACCUGGAAAUUGGACUGGAAAUAGUGUAAACAGAUCUGUUGCUGCGAAUCAGAAUUCAAAUCAGAAUCAAGGACCCGGUGGACAAAACGUUCCAGGUAAUGUAAAUAAGGUGAACAAUCCAAAUCAACAAUCCAAUCAACAAUCAGGACCACCAACAUCUCAGUCGAGCGGCACGGCUCAGGGUGGACAGAACAGUAACCAAUGGUCGCAAGGAAAAUCCAACAAUCCCGGGGGACCUGGGCAAAAUUCUUCUGGUCAAAAUAAUAAUAGUAGUUCAGUUCAACAGCAGCAACAAUCAAACUCCAGUAGCAAUAAUAAUCAGCCGAAUAAUCAGGCUCAGGGAUCCGUUAAUAAUAAUAACACAUCUGCUAGCAAUACCCCUUCGACUAAACAACAACUAGAGCAGUUGAAUACGAUGAGAGAAGCAUUGUUCAGCCAGGAUGGUUGGGGCUGUCAACACGUUAAUCAAGACACAAACUGGGACGUUCCAACCUCUCCAGAGCCUAGCAUGACUAAGGACGGAGUUCCAAUGUGGAAGCCACCGGUAAAUAAUGGUACAGACUUAUGGGAAGCUAAUCUUAGAAACGGUGGUCAACCGCCGCCUCAACAACAAGCAAAGACACCCUGGGGUCAUACACCGGCGACGAACAUCGGUGGAACCUGGGGCGAGGACGACGAAGCUGCUGACUCGUCGAACAUGUGGACUGGUGCUCCUACCUCUUCUCAACCGAACUCUGCAGGUGGACAAUGGACAACCAGUACCGGAAAUCAAUCCGGCAUGUGGGCAGGAUCUAACUGGGGUGAUCCGAGAAUCGAUCACCGGGAUCCUCGAGAUCUUCGUUCCGUCGAUCCUAGAGAGAUGCGAGAUCCCCGUGAUCACAGGAUGUCGUUGGAUCCUCGAGAACACAUGCGAGUAAUGGAUCCGAUGGCUCGUGAUCCUAGAAUAGCGGAUAUGCGCGGCGAUCCCCGCGGAAUAUCUGGAAGAUUGAACGGUGCCAAUGCUGACGCGAUGUGGGGUCAACCUCCAGGUCCUCCGCAUCAUCAAAUGGGACAUCAACAUCCUUCAGGACCUCCUGCCAAAAUGUUGAAUCCAUCUAAUAUAAAUCAAUGGGCUGCUCCGCCGCCAAAGGACAUCAUGCCUGGAAAACCAUCGGGUUGGGAAGAACCUUCUCCGCCUACGCAAAGAAGAAACGUUCCGAAUUACGACGACGGUACAAGUUUGUGGGGUAACCCUGCAGCCAAUCAAAGGGCAAUACCCGGAAGCAAAGUUUCUCAUUGGAAGGAUCUUCCUUCAAAUCUGGGCAGAGCAGUAGGAAUGCAAUGCCCUCCGGGCAUGCCGCAGAACAGAAUGCCAGGACAACCUGGAAUGAAACCAGACGUAAGCGGACCAAUGUGGGGUCAUCCCGGUGCACCUGGCGGGCGUAACGGUAGUUGGGCAGAAGGAUCGCACGACGCAGGUUCAUGGGAUGAGCCUAAAACUCCAAGUACCUGGAACGAGGCUCCGUUGAAUCCUGGCACUUGGGGUGCACCUAGUACGCAUAAACCUAAACCAAUGGGACCUACUGGAAGCUGGGUCGAUACCGACAUGGAUCCUACUCCCAGUUGGGGUCAUCCUACUAAACCUACUCUCACUAAGGAAGUUAUAUGGAACAGCAGGGAGUUCCGGUAUUUGUGUGAUUUAGGAUUCAAAAAGGAGGAUGUUGAAUUGGCUCUCAGGAAUCGAGAAAUGAAUAGAGAAGAAGCCUUGGAACUUCUAAGUCAGUUGCGGCCUGUGGAUCAAUGGAGAAGACACGAUGCUCACUCCAGUUAUGAUCCAACCAAUCAAGCUACAACUGCACCAGCAUAUCCUAGAUUUAAUCACGUCGCACAGCAGAUGUCUUUCCCACCCGGUGCUGGAGUACCAAGUGGAAAUACAACUGGCAGCGUGGGAGGAUCGGUUGCUAGUGCAAGUUUGCUAAAGUUACAACAGCAGCAGCAACAAGCCGCUGUUCCGUUACAACAACAACAACCUAGUACUAAUGCACCUCAACCACCUUUUAAUCAGGCUUCCAGAGCUCCUCAAAAUCAGCCUAGUACUCAGCAGCUACGUAUGUUAGUACAACAAAUUCAAUUAGCCGUCCAAGAAGGUUACUUAAACCACCAAAUUCUAAAUCAACCACUUGCACCUCAAACACUAAUACUUUUGAACCAAUUAUUGCAACAAAUCAAAGUACUACAGCAACUUCAUCAGCAACAUUCUGUGCAAAGUACAAUGAAGGGUAACGGCCAAUCGGUCCUUCAGAUAAGCGUACAAAUAACAAAGACAAAGCAGCAGAUAGCUAAUCUACAGAAUCAAAUCGCUGUGCAACAAGCUACUUACAUGAAGCAGCAGCAGCAACAACAGCAACAGCAGCAGCAGCAGCAACAACAUCCGGCCCCGCCAUCGCAGAGCUCCGAAUAUUACAAGAGUUCUGUACAUGAUCCUAUGUCGGCGUUGCAAAACAGUUUCACGGACUUGACAAUGAACAAGGAGCCUCCUGUCAGUCAGCAACAAUCAAGACUAAAUCAGUGGAAGUUGCCUUCUUUGGACAAGGACGGAGAGUUAGUUACCAACGAGUUCUCAAGAGCGCCAGGAACAACCAGUAAGCCAGCAGCUACACCGGCUGGUUUGACACGAUCUCACAGUAGUCCUAACAUGAAUCCUUUGUUGGGUCAAGGAGAUGGUACAUGGUCCACCAGACUUGGGGAGAGUGGUUGGCCAGAUCCAGGUAACACGGACUCCACCGACGGAAAGGAUUGGCAGCCAACUGGAGCAGCUGCUGGUGCCGCUGCCUUCACCGACCUAGUACCUGAAUUUGAACCUGGCAAACCAUGGAAGGGUACCCAGAUGAAGAGCAUCGAGGAUGAUCCUAGCAUUACUCCCGGCUCUGUGGUCCGUUCACCACUGUCUCUAGCAGCGAUCAAAGAUCCUGAUGCUAUCUUCUCUUCAAGUAGUAAGACUUCACCACCACCGCAACAACCUACCAAUCCUGAUACAUCCAUACCAAGUUUAAGUAAUUCUACAUGGACGUUCAAUCCACCCGCCACUACCCCAAGUGCUUUUACUAGUGCGAAAAAUACUUGGGGUGAAUCUGCACCACCGCCAACCGCAGUCACCUCAGAACUGUGGGGAGCACCGAUGAGUAAGGUUCGUGGUCCACCGCCAGGACUAAGCAGCAAGGCCACAGGGAAUACAAGCAAUGGCUGGGCAGGUCUUGGCACUGUUGGUAGAUCAUCUAGUUCAUGGGGUCUUCAAUCAAGCACAAAUGCUGGCUGGGUUUCUACCUGGCUACUACUCAAAAAUUUGACGCCUCAAAUUGAUGGUUCUACGCUGAAAACACUUUGUAUGCAGCACGGUCCUGUUCAAGACUUUCGACUAUACCUCAAUCAUGGAAUUGCAUUAACAAAGUACUCAUCUAGAGACGAGGCUAUAAAGGCACAAGGUGCUCUGAACAAUUGCGUCCUGGGCAAUACGACAAUUUUCGCGGAAUCACCAGCUGAUAGCGAAGUACACACACUGUUACAACAACUAAGUCAUGGGGGUCAACAGCAAGCCGGAGCGACAGCUGGAGCAGGCUGGAGUUUACGGCCAUCGAACAAAACUGGUCCACCACCCGAUACAUGGGGUGGAAGUUCGAGCCAAUUAUGGGGCGCUCCACCAAGCAGUAAUUCACUAUGGAGCAGCACUGGUAUUGACAGCAACGAUCAGCAACGUGCUACGCCCAGUUCACUGAACUCGUACUUACCCGGAGACCUUCUGGGAGGUGAGUCGAUGUAGAGUGCCGCACGGAGGGAGCGGUGUCACUCGUGCGACGACCAAGCCGCCUUCUACUUCACGAUACGUCAAUUAUAUUCCGCAUUGUCAGAUGGGCCGGUUCUCGCGAAGAAGUUACUUAAAUCUAAAUCAGUGCCGCCGCGUAUACGCGCAUCCUAAUACGAGACGCGUCGUAAACAAAGAGAUAAUUGAAACAGUAACCACAGGGAUCUGACUUGAUUAUUCAAUUUCUUUGUUUUAUUUCCUUAUUUUCAACGGAGAAUUGAAUUUAUUCGAUUCAGGAUAUAUACAUAUUACCGAGGAAUGACGAGGGGAGGGAAAUGAAAUAUUUUAUGAAUUUUCUUCACAAAGGUUUUUUGGUGUGCGCCGUAUUUUUCUCAACUCUCUCUCUCUCUCUAUCUAUCUCUCUAUCUCUCUGUUUGUUGGAGUAGUACCCGAUUUUCAAAUAAUUAACGCAUGAAUGCUGGUUGUUAUCACGUGUACUAUGUGAUAAACGUGUACUACACCGUUUUACAUUUUAAAGAAAAACAAAACGUAAUGAUUAGUAUUAUGUCACACACUAUAUAAAUAUUGCUUGUGUUGCUAUACUUUUAGUACUUGGUAUUUUUAAAAUAAUACUAAUUUCAUCUCGGACGAAUAAUGCGCGUAUGUGUGUACACUAAGUGCGCACCAUUAAAACACACAUAUUUUAAUGACACUACUGAACUAGUAUUCUUCCUGUGCAAGUCAUGUUUUGAUUAUCAUAUAUAUUCUCAAAUGAUAUUCCGUUUAUCCGACAAACGUGUAUUACUAGCAUAUUUUCAAUGUUUCAUUCGAUAGAAUAUUUGGUAUAUACUUAACGAUCUUCUCGAUGUUUUAAUAUCUCUUCGGUUUUAUUUUCAUACUGUCGUCGUGUAUAUUUUAACGCGGUAACUAAAAUCACACGUGCUAAGAUUAUGUUGCAAGAAAAAGAAUUAACAAUUUUUGAAAUUAACGUUUUAGUGCAUUUUUUUCUUUGGUAUUUUCGGUGUUUGUGCGUAUUUCUUUUUACGCUAUAUACAUACAUAUAUAUGUAUAUAUAUUUAAUAAACGCACAUUGUUUCACGUUGAUCCGUAUAUAUCAAUAAGAAUUACAGUAUAUAUUUGUAUGUGUAUUUUAUUUUUUUUUUUAAGUAUUGUCCGUGUGUGUUGUAUCUCUUUUUUGUUCUUUUUCUUUCUUCAAUUAAAAGCGAACGCGCUCGUGUGAUUUAAUAUUAAAACAUCGAUAUGCAAACGAUUUGUUUAAAAUAAUGAUACAAAUUUUUAACUCUUUUUUACGUAUCGAAAAGAAUAAAAGAAUUAGAACACAAACGAUAGAAACAAGGUAAAAGGUACGCGCAUACACCGCAACCGUUUAGCUUCGAAAAGAAUGGCUGCUUCUAGAUAAAGGCGCCGCCAAAAUGAUUCCUUAAAAGAAUGCGCGUGUAAGAAAGUAAAUUAUGAUCGUUGGUCUCAUGAGUGUUCCACUUUUUUGCUCUUAAAGGUUUCCUUUAAUCGAGACUGCGAUGCGUAUCAAACGUAGACUGUACCAAUCUAAUCAAAACAAAAAAAAAGGCGGAGAAAAGUUGAAUGAAACAAAAAUAAAAUACAAAAAGGGGGAAGGGAUAUUACCUCUUUUUAAAGAAAGAAAAAAAAAACAAAAAAAAACAAACAAACCAAGCAAGGAUCCACGUCGAUGCUUCGGGCUACGUAAAAUUACCUCUUCCAUUAGCUAUCUGGUGAUACAGAAUCGACAUUUUUUGUUAAAUUUCAACUAAAUUGGCAGAAACGAAAUUGCUUGAACAUUAAUUGAUAGCCAUAGUUAGUUUUUAUAUAUGUUGUGAAAUUGUUGGGAAAGAUUGUGACCAUUGAAAGAGGGAAACAUUUUUGAAUGUUGAUGAUAUUAAAAAUUGAAAAAUGUUUCAAACUAAAAAGGUCGAUUCUCUAUCCCAAUAAGUGCCCAGUAACCUUUCAAAUAAAAAGGGUAUAUUACAUCGGGGUCUGAAUUCUUGCGACAACAACAAAAACGAUACCAAAUGUUAUCGCAAUAACAUAAAUUUUAUUCUAUAUUAAAUCUAAAUGCCACCUGUCGUGCCAAUGUCCAGCGUGUCUCUUUACCAUUUACUAAUUAUAGAGUUAUAACGAACAUGGCAAUUCGAUGUUUUUCUCUAGUUAUCUUGUUCUGUGUAUACCUGUGCGUCUCUCUCUUUCUCUCUCCUCCCUGUGUGCGUACGUGAGUGCAUACAUGCGUUAUUAGGUCUGUUUCUCUGUGCGUAUGUUAUAUGUGUGGGUGUUGUAAAUUGAACAAUAACCGAGUAAACAACCUACCACUUCCCAUUGGUUGCAGUUCAAGGAAAUAGCAUUUAAACAACAUGCAAAGUAUUCAGACGAAAUUGUAAAUCAAAGUCUUUAAGAUGAUUUGAAAUUUUCUAAUUGUUCAGCCAAGUGAUAUUUAUUUCUUAGACUUAUCAGCAACCUUUUUAUAAGGUGGACUGUUUUGGUACAAAUAAAAAUAUGCGUUACACGUUUAGAUUCAGACAACAGACUGGCAAAAUUAAUAAUUUUAAUAAGAAUCUAGUGAUAUGUUAUAUUUUCUCAGUUAUUAAGACAGAAAGUAUUGAAAAGAUACAUAUGUUUUAAGAAGCAUCAGGAAGCUUACAUCUAUAAGAUAAUUCUCAGCGAGGGUAUAGAUAAAUUAAAAUAUUAAGUUGUACACUAGAGAUUUGUUAAUUGCGCUCAGAAUGGACCGGUUAUUUUACAUAGAAAUUAUAUUCACUAAUUCCUGAUAAUUGAGUUUGGUGAAUGAUUUUUCUAGGGAAGUGUUGUUUCAGUUCGCUUUUCGAAACUUCUUCCAAUUUGUUUCCAAUGUGUUGGAGUUAUGGUUGACAUAUCAGUAUCCUCCAUGACUAGUGAUAAUAAAGACAUUUCCUUAGAAUAGGUGGUGUAUGCUUCUAAGAACUGAUUGAUCUCCGUUUUCUCUUCAUCGGAAACAUUUCUCUUGAGAACCUUUUAAGAACUGUUCCUACGUUAGUUGAUACAUUGAUCGCUAAUUCAGUUAUUUAUAAUGUCAUUCCAAAUGUUAUAAACUAAAUGUAUAUCCUUUCUUUUCUUUUCUCUUCUUUUCUUUUCUGUCGAACGAGCCAUAGAAUGCUUUUUCUUCACUUUCUUCACAUUCUAUUUAUUUAUGGCUAUGAGACAGUUCUCACUGAACUUCUUUAGCAACUUGAGAUUUUAACGAGGUUCCAUCUUUCAAUUGUAUAAAGCUAGGGAAGUGAAUUUUAUUUUAUAUCCGCUGCCACAAGCGGAAGCUGUUAUACCCACAGGUGGCCUUAUGACAUAGUUCUUAUACGUAUGUAAGACUUAAGACUAAAAUCGAAUUAGGAUUGUCGUGUGUAACCUGAGAGCUUCCCUCCUUGCAUUAACUCAUUUGAGUACACUAUAUAUGAAAUUUAUUAAUUAUAUUUGUAUAUUCGAACUAACUAUGUAUUAUCAAUUAUUUCAUCAUAUUACCUAUGAUGCAGAUUUUAUUUUAUUUCUUUUUUAUAUGUAUUAAGAAAUUAAUUUAAUAAAGAAAAUUUCAUGUUUAGUGCUCUCGAAUGAGGACGACGAGUUGAAAUAAGUUCUUUUUUUUUUUUUUUUCUAUUUGAUUCGCACAGUCACUGACUGAUCCUAAUUAUCUACCUGAUAUCAUACUUGCAACGUUUCAAUUGUCUAAUAACUUGUCCAAAACGGAUCACCUCGGUUAUUAGUUUUAAGGCUGAUUUAGAUUAUCCAUUCAGACAUAGGGUGUUAAUAGUACAGAGUAGUGUGCAGCUUAGGCUUUCUUUAGUUAAAGGAAGCAUAGGGGAAGAAGUGACCCACUAUUUGUCAUAUUUAUCGUACAAAGACAAGAGGCUUUCCCUGGGUUCCCUUUGGAUUCUCCCAGGAUCGAAGACAGACAGUGGGAGGUUCCUUUCCCUAUGCUUAUCUUUAAUUUAAAAAAAAAAAACCUACAAAAUAUUCUUGCAGCCAUUUAAACAAAAGUGGUACAUCGUGUAUCAGACAAUAACUGACCAAUAUCUAUUAUUGACAGAUGGCUUUUUAAAUUUGAGAAAUUGACUGUCACAGCGGUUUUAUUUUUAAUUGUAAAAAAAAAAGUAUUGUACAUAUUUUUAGUGAUAUACAACAAGGAUUUUAAAGCUUCUGAAAAAUUAUUGAAAAUUUUAACAGACUUUGCCAUGCCAUAACGUGUACCAUGAUUAGGACUCUCUGUAUAUCAGCAUACAUAUACACCCACGCACACUCAUAGAAUGUGUGAUGGUUUAAUAUUUGCUCAUGUGUCAUUUGAAAAUAGUAAUAAAUAUUAUAUUUUUCGUACAGAAUACGACGUCACGUUUCCGUCGAUCAUUGGAAGAUAUAUAUGUAUAUUUUCCCUAGUUUUCACAUUCUGUUGUUUAUAUUUAUUGUUAUUUAAAUUUGUAAUAGUCAUCGCUGGUCCAUGCCAUGUGCAAUUAACGAAUCCCUGUUGCAUUGCGUAAAAGAGAAAUGAAAACUUGAACUUUAGUUUAAUUAUUCCUUACAACAAAUUAGUCAAUCUUUAUCGCAUGUGAUAGAAACGUAACACUUAAAUUUCUUUCACGAUUCGGUUGUGGAAAAUAAAUGUACAACAUAUUUAAUCGCUUAGAAAUUAAUAUAAAAAUGAAUCUUCUAGAAGACGAGAGGAUACAGAAAUAGAAAUUUCACAGGUUUUUUCAAUUUUACACCAUUUCCAAUGUAUGAAAAUCCUUUGUUCGAUAUACAUUUCAUAGAAUCUGGGUCGGAAUUGACCCAACCACCAUUGGGAAGAAUUGUUUACGAGAAAGUGGUGAAAAUGAAUUUGAGUGAAGGCCUUAAUUGAAUUCUCAUUCCUUCGAUUUCUGACCCAUACGUGUGCAUUAUUAAUCCGAGUAUACGUCAUACGUGUAUGUAUGUAUGUAUGUAUGUAUUGAUGUGUGAACGUGUUACGUGUGGGUGCAUGUGUAAAUUUGCUUUGUACGCUCGCGUGCGCGUGUAUGUAUGUGUAUGUUUUCAACGUCAAAGGUACCUGAAUGGACUGAUAACCAUACUGAUGGAAAAGAAAAAAAGAGUGUUUAUUCAUUGCACAAUAUUUUUUUUCUGAUAUUCUAAAAUAUAUCAUAACGCCCUCAGACCUUUGAUUUCUCUUAGGUACAAGAUUUAAGAAUAAUAAUGUUCUUUUCUGCGGACUGCCAUUAAAGCAGAUGACAGAUCAAACUAUUAUUAAUUAGUCUUUUUUUCUUCUGAGUCAGCAAACACAUUUAUAUUUGGGUUAUCGCAUAAAAACUGGAGGGAUCAAAAUGGUUCUGUAAAAUUUAGUUUAGAGAGAAAAGGGUUAAUUGUUUAAAAAUCAAAAGAUCGGAGAGAGUGGAUACAUUAGAAUUCCAUAAUAUUAAAAAAUAAAAAUUAUAAUAUUUAACAAAUUUAUUUAUACACUGUGUAUUUGGAUGGAAAAUGAUCGAUAAGCGUGUAGAUAAUAAUGGGCUACUUAUAAAAAAGAAAAAAAAUGGAAAAAAAAAAUUUUGUUCAUUAGUAAGUUUGGUAAAGCCAAAGAAAACACGAUGCUACAAAACUUCUAUUAAUUAACUUAAAUUUAAAAAACAUGGCUGGUAACGAAAGUGAACAACGUUGAAGGAAAAAAAAGACGAAAUUAUCCGUUUUUAUUAUAGACUGAAAAUAAUAUUUCGGUUCAGUCAUAAAUGUUUAGAAUCUUUUUAACAAACAAAAAAAAAAAGAAAAAGAACGCUUCCAUAGUUGUGGCACAUUAGAAGUAAAAAUGGGUUCUCUAUUUCAUGACAUAAUUUCAUUAAAAUUUAUCAUCCAACGUA